AUGCCUGGUCCAGACCUGCCCCUCAUGGACUUCUGUGCUGCAUUUGAACUCUCGCAGGAUAUUCAUGCAAAGCUUGCUGACAGUGGCUAUAUAGGGACACAAACUAUCAGGUACAUCAUUGUUUCUGAGCUAAAGGAGAUGGGUUUCAAGAGUGGCAAAAUUGCUGCAAUGAAGGAUGUAGUUGCAUGA